AUGGUUGGCCAUAAACGAAUCGACAUCCUGACGGGCCACCACAAUGGCGUGGGUGGGCUCCUCUGUGAGCUCAACGUGCGGAGCGGCCCAGCCGGGUCGCCUGCGGUGGAUAUGAGCUCCAUCCAGGAGCGCAGGGACGCGGUGAAGCGCCGGGAGCUCGGCAUUGUAGCACACUCGGUCCCAGAACGGCAGUCGCGAUACGGCGUGAACGUGCUACCCCGGCCGCCGAAGGAGAGCAUUUGGAACCUCAUGAAGGACUCCAUACAGGACGAUCGCGUUGUGCAAAUUUUGAUUGGUGCUGCACUGAUAUCAAUGGCACUUGGCAUGACCACCCCCGACUUCCGCACGGGUGAGGUCGACCCCACCAUGGGCUGGAUUGAGGGGGCAGCCAUCUUCGCCUCUGUGCUCAUAGUGACGGCUGUGAACGCCGUGAACGACUACCGUAAGCAGGAGCAGUUUGCCGAGGUGAUGCGGGCCGAGAACGCGGCGCGCCGCAAGGUCACGGUAUGGCGCUAUGUUCCGCUCAGCAGCGUGAGCGGAAGCGGGGGUGGGGCUAGUGUAACUGGCACGGACGGUCUCACCUGCGUAGCGCUGGAGGUGCCAAGCUCUGAUAUUGUUGUGGGGGAUGUGGUGCAGGUCAGCUCCGGGAUGCAGCUAACGUUUGACGCCGUCCUCCUGGACAGUUUCGGCCCCGUCUUGGCAGACGAAAGCAGCGUCACCGGUGAGAACGAUGACGUGCUGAAGCAGGUGCUCACCGAUCCAUUUCUUAUCAGCGGGUCGUCGGUGUUGGAUGGCUCCGCUGAGGGAGUGGCACUCGUGUGCGCGGUGGGCCCGAAAUCCUUUUCGGGCGAAAUCGCUAUCUCCAUUCAGUCAACAGAAAAAACGAACACGCCGUUGCAAGAUCAGCUUGAGGCGAUGGCAGAGGUCAUCGGCAAGUUCGGCGUCGGCGCGGCUGUCUUCACGUUUGCGUCGCUGCUCAUCAAGGAGCUUUUUAUGUACUUGGUGCACGGCCGACCUCUGCACGGCAUGAAGUUCUUUGAGAACUUGACUACGGCGAUUGCCAUUGUGGUGGUCGCCGUACCGGAGGGCCUACCUCUCUCGGUGACGAUCUCACUCGCCUACAGCAUGCGGCUCAUGCUGAAGGAUGGCAACCUUGUCCGUCACUUGGCAGCGUGUGAAACCAUGGGCGGGGCAUCGGUGCUGUGCACGGACAAGACGGGCACCUUGACGGCCCCAACAAUGCGAGUGAAGCAAAUCUUCCUUUCCGCGACUACGUACGCGGUAGACGGCGCCGGCAGCUUAAUUGGCAGCGGCCUCCCAACCUUUAGCGACGAGGAGUCGCCAGUGGCGUUGCCUACUCACUCCACAACUCUUCACCACUUUGCGGUGCCACCGACGCCGCGGGGGUUGGGGCAGAGCACGUUCCCACUUGCGCCCCCUAGGAGAGCAAUCACCGUUACCGUGCCUCCCUCAACUGUGCAACUUUUGUUGGACUGCAUUGUAGCUAACGCCCUUGACCCAGAGGUAGGGCGUGCAACUAAUAAAACGAGCGAGGCCCUGCUGUUGCUCUGCUAUCUCAUGCACUGCUCAAGCAGCCACACACCGCAGCAGGAUGUUCAGGCGUUCCGCAACACCCCAGCCUGCAUACUGGCCGCGAUGCAGGACCCUAGCCGGUGUCGUCGCUUCCCUUUCAGCUCGCACAGCAAGAUGAGCGUGUGCAUGUUUCGACAGACAGCCCCACCAGCUGCUGGAAGCAAUGUAGGGGGUUGCACCCGGAUCUACGCGACCGGCGCCGCAGAGGUCGUCUUGGAUCGCUGCACGUCGUACAUCAACGAUCAGGGUGUUUCGGUGCCGUUGACGUCUGAGAUGCGGGCUUAUCAUGAGCAGACCUUGAAGCAGUAUACCGAAUCGGGGCUGCGAGUCAUUUGCUGUGCCUUCAGCGAUGCAUGUGACGCCGCAGAGGCAAACCUGUGGAGUCAGCAGUCGCAGUACGGCGCAGCUUCCGCGCACGAUGGCGAGUUCUGCAUGAUCGGCCUGGUCGGUCUUGAGGAAGAUGUGCGGCCGGAGGUACCUGGCGCAGUGUACCAGUGCUUUGGAGCUGGUGUGCGAGUGAUCAUGAUCACUGGUGAUGCAACUCUCACGGCAAUCAACGUUGCCCGCCGCUGUGGGCUUCUUUGCGGUGAUUCAAGCAAUAGCACGCAAACGGGGACGACGUCGCUGGGCGGCAAUCGAGUCCGGCGCCAUCCCGAAGCGCCUAGCUGGCUGCCCACUUCUGCGCUCGUGAGCAGUAGCGACAAUGGGGUUGGCCCGACAGAGAACAGCGAUACUGCCAUCCUUGUGAAUGUGUCACCGCGCUACUACGAAAACAGCAGCGUCGGCUCUGAUCUGGAGCGGCAAUUUUUGGAGAAUGCGUUUGGCAGGACAGCAUGGAUGAUGCAGGAACCGGCAGUAAAUGCGACACUUCAGCAGCUCAUGGACAGCGGCUACGUCCUGGACGGAGACACCUUUCGGCAGCUCAGCGACGCGGAGCUACUUCAGCAGUACAUGCCGCACAUUCGCAUCCUCGCGCGCGCCACACCCAUGGACAAGAAGCGGCUGCUGGCCCUCCUGCGGCGGAUCGACGCGAACGCGGUGAUUGCAAUGACCGGCGAUGGCACCAAUGAUGCGCCGGCCCUAAAGCUUAGCGAUGUCGGAUUUGCCAUGAACAGCGGCAGUGACGUUGCAAAGCGCGCGUCGGAUAUUAUUUUGCUGAGCGACAACUUUAUUGGCAUGGUGAAAGCGAUUAUGUGGGGUCGAAACGUCAAGGACAACAUUCGCAAGUUUCUGCAAUUUCAGCUCACAGUGAACUUUGCGGCGUGCGUCGUCUCCUUUGUUGGCGCCAUCAUGAGCGAGCAGAACAUGUCGCCCCUGAAGCCCGUGCAGCUCCUCUGGUUGAACCUCAUCAUGGACACGCUUGCCGCCCUCGCACUGGCAACGGAGCUGCCAUGCGAGUCGAUGCUCCUCGCCCGGCCGCCUGAGCCAAAGGAUGCCCCGAUCAUCGUGUCGAGCAUGUGGUUCCAGAUUGGCUUUCAGAGCGCCUUCCAGCUAAUUGGCCAACUUUUUCUGCUCAGCUAUGGGAAUAUGCUGCUGAGCGCGCGCGGGUCCACGAACCCAUCGCAGGACGCCGGACCACCGCUGCGCUACCCGCACUACUUCAGCGAUACUCACAUCUGCUUUGUCUUCAACUCAUUUGUGUGGAUGCAAGUCUUCAACUUCUUCAAUGCACGUCUUCUACACCGCAGCGAGAGCUUCUUCUCGAACUGGGAGGACAGCACCGUGCUCUUCUGCAUUGUCGGCGUCAUUGUUAUGUUGCAGAUCAUCAUUGUGGAGUUUGGCGGCAAGAUUAUGUCGACAGUGCCUCUGACAGCGCAGGAGUGGUUCUAUUCUGUCCUCAUCGCUAGUGGCACUCUGCCAGUGGGUGCUGUCUCACGCCUGAUCUAUGCCCGCUACACAAAACGCAUGCCGCUGCGCGAAGUGUACUCGCGAGGGUUGCUGCCACGGCUUUGGCGCAGCAUGAAGAGUGGUAGGCUCAAGGGAAAGAGGUAG